AUGGAGAGCGGCGAUCGGGACAUGUACCGCCAGUUCCAAGACUGGUGCCUCAGGACUUACGGGGACUCGGGUAAAACCAAGACGGUGACCCGUAAAAAAUACGAGCGGAUUGUCCAGCUCCUAAACGGCUCCGAGACGAGCUCUACGGAUAACGCCAAAUUCAAAUUCUGGGUCAAAUCCAAAGGUUUCCAGCUCGGCAAUCCGGACGAGGUCAGUGGUGGCGGUGCCGGUGGCGGAGCGAAGCAAGUACUCUACGUGCCUGUCAAGACCACGGAUGGAGUUGGUGUAGAUGAGAAGCUGUCCUUGAGACAAGUAGCUGUUGUUGAAGAUUUCUUUGACAUAAUCUACUCCAUGCAUGUGGAAACAGGGCCCAAUGGAGAACAAAUCAGAAAACAUGCUGGACAAAAGAGGACUUACAAAGCAGUAAGUAAAGAACCUUACAGCAAAGAGGCUUAUAUAAUGAUGCCUAUAUUUUGUUAUUCAUUUCAGAUUUCAGAGACCUAUGCCUUUCUACCAAGAGAAGCGGUGACACGAUUUCUAAUGAGCUGCUCAGAGUGCCAGAAAAGAAUGCAUUUAAACCCAGAUGGAGCAGAUCAUAAAGAUAAUGGAAAACCACCAACUUUGGUGACCAGCAUGAUUGAUUACAAUAUGCCAAUCACAAUGGCAUACAUGAAGCACAUGAAGUUGCAGCUACUGAAUUCUCAACAAGAUGAGGAUGAAAGCUCCAUAGAAAGUGAUGAAUUUGACUUGAGUGAUUCUACCAGGAUGUCGGCUGUAAAUUCUGACCUCAGUUCAAAUCUUGAAGAAAGGAUUCAAAGUCCGCAGAAUCUCCAGGGCCAGCAAGAUGAUGACUCAGCUGCAGAGAGUUUUAACGGCAAUGAGACUACAGGACACAGUUCCAAUGCUUCAGGGGGAACACACUGCAGGGAAGUGGCAGAAGCCAACAGCAAUGGGAAAACAACUCUGGAAUCGGAUGAACAGCCUCUGAACCUGAGUGACAGUCCCUUCUCUGCUCAGCUCACUUCAGAAUACAGGUUAGAUGACCAAAGCAGUGAUGGAAAGAACAAGUACAAGAACAUCCUAGUAUCUGAUCUUAAGAUGGAACAGGAGACAAAAGAAAAUGGAAGCAAGUCACCUGCCCAUAGCUAUUCCAGCUAUGAUUCUGGCAAGAAUGAAAGCAUGGACAGAGGCGCUGAAGACCUUUCCCUGAAUCGGGGAGAGGAGGAUGAGGAUGACCAUGAUGAACAUGAAGAUGCUGAGAAGGUUAAUGAAUCUGAUGGGGUAGAAGCUGAGCGCCUGAAAGCUUUUAAUAUGUUUGUCAGGCUGUUUGUAGAUGAAAACUUGGACCGAAUGGUCCCAAUCUCUAAGCAGCCCAAAGAAAAGAUCCAGGCUAUCAUUGACUCAUGCAGGCGACAAUUCCCUGAGUACCAAGAGCGUGCCAGAAAGCGUAUACGUACUUACCUCAAGUCCUGCAGGCGGAUGAAAAGGAGUGGUUUUGAGAUGUCACGACCCAUUCCCUCUCACCUUACUUCAGCAGUAGCAGAGAGUAUUCUGGCUUCAGCCUGUGAAAGCGAAAGCAGAAAUGCUGCAAAACGGAUGCGCUUGGAUCGACAGCAGGAUGAGGCGGCUACAGCAGAGAAACCAUAUAAACAGGAACCAACCCAGGUCACUUACUCAUCAUCAGCUGUUUCAAGCACACAGGAGGUGCUGUACAUAAAUGGAAAUGGGACCUACAGUUACCAUAGUUACAGAGGGUUAGGAGGAGGUUUGCUAAAUCUCAGUGAUGCAUCUACCAGUGGUCCAACUGAUCUCAGUAUGAAGCGACAGUUAGCAACUACUUCUGGAACUUCCAGCAGUACCAGCUCCAGACCUCAACUGAGCCCAACCGAAAUUAAUGCAGUACGGCAACUGGUUGCAGGAUAUCGAGAAUCAGCUGCAUUUUUAUUGCGUUCUGCAGAUGAACUGGAAAACCUUAUUUUGCAGCAGAACUGA